GACAGGCAGACGACGGGACCGAAAAGAAAGAAAAGAAAUGUGGAAUAAUCCGCGACCUGAGCGCGCGACACUCUGCUGAGGAAUAUUGCCGCUCGUGGAGGAAAAAUACUAUUUUUACAUUUCCCUUUUUUUGGGGUUUUUUUUGUUUUUGUUUUUUAAUUUUCGGUCUGAAAUUUGUUUGGAUUUGAUCCGGCUGCUUCCUGCCGGGACUUCACGGAGGGAAAACACACACACACUCACGCACACACACACACACGCGUACACGGUCACGCUGAGAGUUCAACCCGGUACCGGACGGCGUGUGCGUGUGCGCGCCUGUACGUGCGUGCACGUCCAGGUGUGUGUGUCCGCCGGCUUUCAUCUGCCGCGGUUCGUUGUUAAAUUUCAUGUUUUUCCAACGGAGUUCUGCUCGGCUCCGGUCACCUUGUUUUUGACCCGUGUGUGCGGCCCGUGCGUGAGUGCGCGUGAGCGUGAACGUGUGCGCACAUGUCGCAGCGUGACUCUCACUAAAAAAAAAAAUCAUUAACGGAUCUAUUUCAAUUUUUUUUUCUGUUUGUGGAGUGUUUUGGCUCUUGGAGCAGGACCGACAGUGUGUGUGUGUGUGUGUGUGUGUGCGCGCAUGUUUUGUGAGCGUGCGCGUGCGCGUCCACGCCCCCCGUCCUGCAGCCGCACGCGGCAGAUCAAUGAGGAUGGAUUUAUUUACUUUGACACGACAGGAGGAGAUUUGAUGUUUAGUUCGAGCCCUUUUUUACCGGAUGGAUGUUAGAUCAGAAAUAAUCAGAAGAAAAGUGAGACAUUAAAAAACUGGAUUCUCCUCCACAGAAGAGGGAGAAGGAGAGGAAGAGGACGAGGACGAGGAAGGCAUGGCGGACUGAGCGGCGUCCUCGAGGCAGACGGUCCCGUCUGAAGCAGAAACCAGGGACGGCAGACUCACAGCAUGGUAGGAUCAAAGGUGGAUGCCAGCACAGCUUACAGGAUGAACCCGCUAGCUGCCCUCAGCAUCGACCGCAACGCUCUGGUGGGGGAAAACCUGCGCCCCCAUGAAGGAAUUUUCUAUCCUGUUAUCCAUCCUCUCUCUGCUGAAAAGCCCCAGGAGGCUGGCACUUCUCUUCCACUUGGCUAUGAUCUUCUAUACAAACCAGAUGUAACCCUGCUGGAUGGCCAGAAACCUGCAAAUGGAUACAUUGGACUCUAUAAGAACCCACCACCAGGGCUGCAGAAACCCCUGGUUGUCCCCGUUGCAGGAGCUGACGGCCUGGGGCUAGACCGCCAAGUUCUACCCAAUGACAAGCAGUCAGAACUGGGCCUGAAUGGUGCUGCCAGCUUCCUGAGAUUGCCCUGGAUCAGCCCUUAUUCUGAUGCAACAAUGUACCCCUUCCUGGACAUGGCAUACAAGGCCUCCUUCCUGUCCCAGCCAUCGCCCUUCAUCCACCAGCAGCUGGCAUAUCAAUCUUUGUGUGCCGCCGGGGCAGGAAGCAGCACACCUGCGGAAGACAGACUUUUCUACCUGCCUCGUUAUGCCCCAGCCCAUAUCUCCUCCCCGAUGGGAACUCCGAUCAGGAUCCCUACGGUCACCCCAGCUCCUGCUGUCAUUUCGCCCCUGCCCCAUUGCCAGGACAAGGCUUUGCAGGGAAUUGGUCCUCAGGUACAACAGGAACCCUUUGCCUUCAGCACCAGUCCACAAAUCCGCCAGGAUUCUCAGCCUCACCAUACUGAGCGACAACAUGGAAGCAGUAGCAGUGGUGCCAAGUCCAGGCAGCCCUCUUCCACCAAGAGCAGCAGCGGCAGUGGUGGAAGUAGCAGUGUCCCUGUUAACAGUUCAACUAGCACUGCUGCAAUACAGUCACCCCCAGUUACCCGUCCUCCAUCCUCAGUUCCCCCACCCAAACCCCUCAGCAACACCACUGCAGACCUCCAGAAGUCCCUUUACAGAAGCACUUCCUCAUCAUCGACCUCACUUUCAGUGUCUCGCCCCUUUUACAUGGGUAGUCUGAGCUCCGAGCACUGCUCUCCCAUGCACUCAGGCAGCAACAAAACCAAAGAUGCCAGCUCAGACGUCUGUAGUGCAGAGAAGUGUGCAUCACCUGCAAAGACAUCAACGGACAGAGCUGUAUCUCAAAAGCCUGCCAAAAACCCUGGAGAAAAACCUUUGGAUCUUACUGCCAAAGAGUUGGAAGGAUUCGCAAAUGGAUUCCCAUCCAAAUUAGAGGCCCUUGCCAAGUUGGGGUAUUUGGCACCAUCUCGUUAUGGGCGGCUGGCUAGUCAGGACCAGCAUUUAAAAGAGGGUCUGCCCCCACCGGUUAGCACAUCAGCAAAGGCUCCAGAUCAUCCCGAAAUGAUCAGUAAUGUGCCCUCCCCUUGGGUUUUUCCGGGUCACUCCCCAGCUGUCAGCUCAGACCCCAGCAGAGGCUCCCAAAUGACUAAAAACAAGAGUAUAGACAAUGUUCCUCAUCAACCACCGCCUCAUGGCUCUCCUGGUUCCACAACAGUUGAGGUGAACAGUAGUCCCAGUCCUGCCUCGGGUGGAAGAACUUCUGCGUCAUCUCCUUCCCCAAAGUCCAAAGUUGAAUGGCCUCGAGUUGCAACUACUGAUUUGGAGCAAGGCCCUCCAAACAGCAAUGGAGAAACUCAUACAUGCUCCGGAAAACAGACCAUAACUCCUACUAAGCCAGAGACUCAGGAGAACCCAACUCAUUCACAGCAGCAGCAGCAGCAGCAGCAGUCUCGUGUGGAAAAUGGAAACCCCUCCAGCCAAAUCUUUGGUGAUUCCUACCUCCCUCCUGGCUUAGGUUACACUAAUCGCUACAUCCCAUAUUCAGUCGCUGAGAAUAUGUCCCUGCAACGCAUGUCCAUUCCAGGUAAAGGACCUGUCUACCCCCACCCAGUCUUGCUUGGCAACAGCAGCUUUUACCCACCACACAUUGCACCAAAACAUGGCCUCCCAUAUGGAGUACAUCAAUAUCAAAAUUCCCAAGAGUUGGCCCCAACACCCAUGUCGUCCUACCCAGAUCGUAACACUAGAGACCGACUUGAGAACAGGUCUAAGGCCCAGGAUAAGCCCUGGAAUGUAGAACCGUACAGGAUCCAGGAAAGACCGGAUGCUGACAGCUCCCACAGGAGUGGCGAUGAGAGAGAGAGGUCCACAAACCAAACCAUGAAGCCUUCAGGAAAAGGUCUCACGGCUGUCAGAGAUGACAUAGUUUGUAUUGACCUGGUGCGUGAUGAGGUAGACGAUGAUUUGUCCACCACCAAAGGCAGCUCCCCAGAUACCAGGACAGAGGAUUCCCCCAAGCUAGGUGGCAGUGGCUGUAGCCACAUUCAAGAAAGAGAGCCUUGGCCUCCAAAUGUCCUAGCCCCCAGCCAGGCUGCAGAACAGAGGCUAGGCUCACUACCCCAGACUUCCCAACCAAAACCUCCUCAUCACACCUUUUCUUCACCUACUCCUACUAAAGAGGAGAUCCCAGAGGAGAUCCAAGAAGAGGAGGAGCCUCUUAGUCCAUACUCAGACAUCCCAGAGGAGCAGACGAUGCGCUGUGCCCGAACUUCUACACAGCAGUUUUCUAGAAAAUGUAAAACUGGAACCUCUGGUUGUACUGGGGACUCGAUCAGGGGUGGAACUAGUGGUGGUAAUAACAGUGUUGAUGGGAAGAGUGCUAAUAAUGAAGAAAAUUCCGAAGGCUCAGCCAGUAAAAAGGUUGAUCCUGAGCAAAGCCCUUCCAGAAAUGGCAACUCAUUGGGUCCCAUUAGCCAAGAAAACUGUUCCAGUGACUGUGCCAAUUCUAACAACAUCAUGGGAGCAGUGUGUACAGUCACUGGCCCCAGGAGUCCAGUUCAUGGGGGCAACUGUCAUUCAGACAGUCCAGUUUUCACCAGUAAGGCACCGGCAUGUAGAGAUUUCAGUCCCCAGGUUCCAGCUUGCAGGAGCUUUAAUCCCAGGGUUGCUGCCGGAGGAGUAAUGAACACCAGGGCCCCACUCUGUGUUAACAACCCAAGAGCUCCCACAUCCCUCAGUAGAGAUGCGAACAGUCCAAAUUUUGUCAACAGAAAUUUUGUGGGUCCAUGUUGCAGAAAUCUGACUCUGAGGGCUCAAACUUGUGAACCAAGAAUUUUCAGUGGUCCAACUCGUGGGAAUAGUAAUCCUGGGGCUCCAAACUGUAGGAGCAUCAAUCCCCGAUUUGCAAACUGUGAAAUCCGCAAUGCAGUGCACCCAACUCGUGGAAACAUCAAUCUUGGGGUUCCUGCAUGCAAUUUCAGUGGUCCAAAAUGUGGAAAUAUCCUCUCUAAGGGCCAGUCUUUUGGAAAUAACCAGACCUGUGUAAACAACAAUCCCAGGAUCCCCACAUAUGGAAACAAUUUUCCCCGGAGCCCAGCCUGUCGGCACCUUUCGCCUGGCAAUCCUACCAAUGGAGGAUUUAACAGGAUGCCUACAGAUUUGUCUCCAGAGCUGCCAGUCAACAGAGACCUCAAAUGUGAAGGCUUUUCCUCCAAUGAGACAGGGCCCAGGAGAGAGACGCCAAACUCCAUCCUCACCUCCGCCAGCUGUGGAGAUGGGAAGGAAGACAUCCAGAACACCAUGGAUCCCCUGGCAGAUGAGGACGAGGGCCCCAGCUGCAGCAAGAACCGGCGCUCCGGCCUCACCAGACGCAUCGCCAACUCAUCUGGCUACGUGGGUGACCGCUUUAAAUGCGUGACCACAGAGCUUUAUGCCGACUCCAGCAAGCUGAGCAGAGAGCAAAGAGCACUCCAGCGUGCAAUGCUGCGCUUCUCCGAGCUGGAGCUGAAGGAGAAAGAGGGAGGAGGAGGAGAAGAGGAAGAAGGGAUGACAGCAGCGGCGGCGGCGUUGGUGGCAACGGGGGAGAAGGAGCUGGCAGGCGGUUCUCAGCUCUCCUGCCAUCACAGACAACUCCCUGUCCUGCCAUUUUGCCGCCACUCCGACAGAGCGAAGGAGGACCACUCCACGGAGGAGGAGAAGAGGAAUGAAGACGGGGAAGAAGGAGGUCGGCAGGAGGAGAGGAAGAAAGAGGAGAGGAGUUUUGUCUCACAGCCAGAACAACAGCAUCAAAGGUUUCUGCCCACAGCCAGAGGCCUGUUUCAGGGAAACGCCCCCACGUCGACCUCCACAACGGGCGACUCAACGCUAGACGACGUGAAGAAGCUGAAGGUUUGCAUCGAGCUGAACGGCCUGCGACUCAACAAGCCUCGCCUCCCCGGCGAGCUCGGCCAAUGGCUGUCAUCCGGUGAGAGGUCAGCAGAGGUCGACAGGAGAUUCAGAAUGGACGUACCGGCCGCCAGGGGGAGGUCGGAGGUGAAUGGAGGCUGGUGUGACCCCGCGUUUGUGAGGAGGGAUGGCCCCAGAGUUUUCCCCGUGGCCCCGCCCUCCUCUCCUGCCCAUUUCCCCCGGCAACUGUGCAACCCCGCCCCCCGGCAACCAGCGCCCGCUUCAUUCUCCUCCCUCACCUCCUCCCGCCUCCAGGACAAGCAUCAGAAGCUGAGGGAGAACCGCAGGCCGAAGGGCAAGCGUCCCUGCAAGACGAAGCACACGGGAGGAGAGGCGGCGAGGGAGGAGGAUAGAUACGAAGGAGGCAGCGACAACGAUGAGAAGAAGGACGGGAAGCGAAUCGGUGCGCUGCGCGCAGCUCUCCCGUCGGGUGAGAUUUUACCGUCUGAGAGGAUAGAAAAUCGAUACGUCCCGUCUCCCUUUGUCCAGGAGGUGGUGCUGUACUGUCUGGAGAGACGGAUCUGCGACGUUAACCAUCGAGACAACGCCGGGUAUUGCGCCCUGCACGAAGCCUGUGCCCGUGGCUGGUUGGGAAUCGUACGCCACCUGGUGGAGCACGGAGCCGACGUCAACUGCAGCGCUCAGGAUGGAACCAGGCCGCUGCACGAUGCUGUGGAGAACGACCACGUGGAGGUCGUGCGCCUCCUGCUGGCCUGCGGCGCCGACCCCACCCUCACCUCCUACUCCGGACGAGGGCCAAUCAACAUGACCCACAGCGCUGCCAUGGAAACCUUCCUGGAGGACUAUCUCUCUGACCUCCAGGGAAGGUCGGAGGGCGAUCCGGGAAUCUACUGGGAGUUUUACGGCAGCUCCGUGUGCGAGCCGUCCAGCGAAGGAGGAGUGUAUAACAUCCUGGCUGACCCACCGGGGCCAGAGGAGGAGGAGGAGGAGGAUGAAGAGGAGGAUGAGGACGAGGAGCAACGUGCAAGGAGGGAGGUGUUCGAGUUUGAGUUGUCCGACCGACCGCUGCUCCCCUGCUACAACAUCCAGGUGUCGCUGUCACAGGGUCCCAGGAACUGGCUCCUCCUCUGCGAUGUCAUAGGUCGCCUUCGGAUGACAUCUCGGUCUUUCCGGCGCCUCUUCCCUCAGCUCAACGUGCAGUCCAUCCCUGAGGACGAGUUCUAUCGACAGGCAUCCCUGUCGCAGCUUCUGACGGGUCCUGAUGAGCAGGAGCUGGCCUCCUUCAGGCCGGAUGUCAAAGACCCUCUGGAGUUGGUGGAGGCCACCCCUGAGCUGGCCGGCAUGCUCGGUUCUUCCUUGGAGUUCGUGGACAGUCGCUGGGACUCCCUGAAAGCUUCGCCACCUCCAACGCCACCCCCACCACCGUCGCCAAGACCCUCGGCGAGAUAUUCACCAAGACCGCCACUACGCAUUCCACCAUCAUUACCACCACAGCGACAGGGGGCAACAGAAGCUGGUGCUAAAGUGGAAAAUGCCUUGCAAAACAGGACUGCAGAGUCUGGACAAUGCCAAGGACUUAAAAACAUUGGAUAUUCUACUCCAGCAGCUAAAAUGGAAACUAAAUUAGAUGCUACCACGUGGGAACCACAAAAGCAAGGAAGUAAAAAUGCCGGGGAUCCUUCUCCGUCAAAACCAAACAUGACAGUGAAUACUAGCACGUGGGAACAGCAAAGAGUACAAAGUAAGAGCGCUGGAAUCGCUAAUUCUGCUCAUUUGGACUCUAAGAUGGACAAUAGCAUGUGGGAACAACAAAGACAAUGUAGUAAGGCCACUGGGAUGGCUAAUUCUGCUAAUUCUGACUCUAAAAUGGACUCCAACACGUGGGAACAACAAUGGCAAGGAAGUAAAACCACGGGAGGCACUGCAGUCAAGUCUGACCUGGCAGUAGGUGCUAGCAUGUGGGAACCCCAGCGACUACGAAGUAGGAACGCUGUGAAUUGUGAUGCCAAAGUGGACAUGGCCCUGUCGGACCCACAGCGACUAAGGAAUAAGGAUGCUGGAGCAGUGGAUGCUACCACAUGGAAACGACAAAAUCAAGGGUAUAAGACUGGUCGGGUUUCAAAUUCUACAAACCCAGGUGCUUUGGUUGAUGGUUUUGACGGCAUUUGGGAACCACAACGACUGCGAAGUAAGAAUGCUGCGAUCACCAGCCCUGCGAAACUAGAUGCUAACGCGUGGGAACGCCAUGGAAUAAAGAGCGUGGGUGGCAACAGCACAACACCCAAAAGAGAAGCUAACUCCUGUGAUACCCAAGGAGGUAAGGCCAUGAAGAUGGAUACUGCCUGGCAAAGGAACUUGGGCAAUGUCAGAGUACACAUCAGGGACUUGGGGAUGAAAGUUGGUGGAGGUACCAUGCGGAGAGAUAUGAAGAAAGAGCAAGGGAAGGUCGUCGGGAAGGGCGCCAGGGUUAAAACAAGGUCAUGACAAAACAUUACGCGACCAAGAAAAUGAGAAGUUGCAAAUCAGGUUGCGGGAGUCAAACGGAACUGCUGCCAGACUGAGAAAGAUUCUUCAGCAACAAUACAGUAUUCCAUAAAAAAAUGAACAAUUUUACACAAAAUUGAAACAUACAUGUAAAUACUGUACAUGAGCAAACAUAUUUGGACGUUGAAAAGGACUGUCCAUCCUUUGUGGAGAGACUGUAACAGUAUUGUGUGUGUUAUAUGUACACUGUAAAUAUGUGUCUUUUUUAUUUAUGAGUACAGAUAUCACUGGUUCUUAAAUUUAUUCUUUGUAAAUGCAGUCUGGUGUAAAUACGAUGCAGUUUGUGUUGCGUGGUAAGAUUAUUGGUUCUGGUCUGGGAGGUUGUUUGUUACCUUUGUGUGUAAUUUUGUAUUCAGCAUCCCGUCGGCUUUCGUCACCAAACUAUUUAUUGUCCAAUAAAAACA